GCAACAGGUGUGCAAAUCAGCUCCUCCCUUAGAAACUGUUGCCAAUGAAACAGCCAAUGAAGAUCCUGGAAACCCGAGCUGCAGUUCUUUUAUGGUCAGUGAGCGUUUGAUGAUAGAAGCAGCAGGGUGGAGCGAGGCAGAGAGUGAAGAGAGGACGAAGUACAGAUCAGACAAGAAACACAGAGUCACGCUGAAGAUCUAAGGAGAGAACUGAGAAGAAACAUGAACCUGGAUCAGUAUGAUGACAACCAAAGUGACAGCGGCGUGUCUGCUGAUUUCUCCCUGAACAGCAUGUCAGAUAACGAGACGCCAAUAGAGAGGGAGAUACGACUCGGCUUUGAGCGUGAGCAGAGCCUUCGCCGCUCACGAGGCCUGGACGAGACCAGAGAGUUCAUUGAGAUCCCGCUCAGAAAGUCCAUCCUCUCUCAGGAUCUCCCAGACAAAUCACUGAAAGAUCACAGCAAGGAACGGCAGUUCGCAGGGAAGAAGAUGCAGCAUGAGAUUCAUGCUGAAUCUGAGAGAGAGAAGGUGCUGGUCAAGCUCGGUAGACUGCCUGGAUUUUAUGACAAAGGUACCAUGAGACAACUUCAGGAUAAAAAGCUUCUCUUUGAAGCAUUCCAGGAAUCCAGAGAUCUCCAAAUCUCCAGCAGUGGAAAUCAGGAACCCUUAAAAAGCUUGGAGAUGCACGUAAAGACCAAUUCCUCAUUCCAGCCCACUGAAGCUUUACCCAAGGAUCUUCAGCACUCAAGAAACCAUGAUAAUAAAACAUUCAGAACUGUCCAGGAUCUGAAGAAUGAGGGAACAUCCUGUGUUUCAUCCUGUAAGAUCCUAAAUGGUAGAAAUCAGGACUGCUCAUCUAAGGAACACACAAAACACACAGGGUUAGAUUCUCCUCCACUUUUCCCAUCUUUGAAAGAGAAGAAGCUCCUGUUUGAAUCCCUCCAGGACAUUGAGGUUUCUCAGAAGAAAAGCUUGGACGUAUUUUUUCAGAACCAAAAUUCUGGAUUAAAAACCAUUCAGGAACCCAAAGAUCUCCAGAUCAAAAGAAAUCAGAAUGACAAGAUGAUGGAAAUUUCUAAAGAAACAGCAAGCAACCUGAAAAUGCAGAACCCAAAACAGUGUGGUCCAGGGUUCUCAGAAGCUGUGGAACGGCAGGUGAUAAUCCUUGAGAAGAAUCCUACAGUGAUUUUAGACACAAACAGACAGGUUUACAAACCAGUGUCUAAGACGGACGUAGGAACCAUCAGAUCGUCACAUGAGGAAUGUCAUCACAACUCAAAAGUCCAAGACCUGAUGGCUAAUGGUGAAGAACAGAAGGAGAACCCAUUCUUCAAACUGAGAUCGUCACUGUCCCGACUCCCGGACAUGCAGAAGGACAUUCAAGAAACAAAAAAGCGGGAGGAAGAACUUUGCAAACAGAGGAUGUGUCUCUAUGGCAACAGGUCAAAGAUCACAGUGAUACCGAGCAGAACCAGACCAACACACAGCAACACAAACACACUGGAACAGAAUCUGAACAUCUCAUCAGUUAGUUCAUCAUUUGGGAAGUUGGAUCUAACAUGGCCACCUCCUUCUCUACAGAACAGACACAAAACACAGCCUGAGGUAAAGGAACAGAGACCGACGAACCUGUUAGUCCAGCGCUGGGAAUCAGGUCUGAUCAACGGACACAGCAACGACCAUCGCAACUGACCACAGAGCAAACACACACCUUCUGAAGACCAGAGAGAACAUCAGUCUUUACUUUAAACACCUGCUAAGACUGUUAAACACCAAUGCUAAUCAGAUCACACACACACACACACACACACACACACACACACACACACACACACAGACUCUCAUUCACAAAAACAAAAAUAGUGUUUAUUUCAGUCUUUAAUUCAGUUAUUAUUUAACUGCUAACAUGCUAAGCUUUAAUGAGAGCAGUGCUAUGCUAACUAGCCUGUUUCAUUAUUGAAUCUUUAAGGGAUGUUUUUUUUCUGCUUCCAGUGUUGAUCUAGUUUAUAGACUGAAAUCUAAAAUGUCAGUCAUCUAUUUAGAAAAGCUAUUCAGAUAUUUUAGUUUAGUUAUUCCUCAGACAGGACGUCAGAUUAGCACUAGCCAGUUAGCUCUAUUAUAUUUCACCAGAGCGAGAUCCUUGUUAUUUAUUGUCAGAAAGCUAGUUUUAGAUAGUUUUAGCAAACAUUUUCUACUUUUUUAUUGAUUAAAAACACUUUUAAACUCACUUCACUGUGCUACAGUGUGGGGUGUGAGUGUGAAAUGUGUGUAAAUCACCACGACCUUUGCUGAGAAAAAGAAGGUGUCUUUACUUUACAAUUGUUUGGCUAGUUUCAGUGUCUGUGAGGUUUCUGAGAUGUAGACUGUACACUUGUAAAAACUGUGUAAUGAGGUUAAACUCCAACACAGUCAGGUAUCAGACUCCAACCCUAACCCUAGUCUCCACCUCAUAUGGUUGGAGGCUAUGUCAUUAUUAAUGUCAUCAAGAACUCUGGUCAUGAGCCGUCUAAAUAUUUCACAAGAUGUUCUCUGAGUCACUUCGCUGAAUCAUACAGUGAAACAGAAGGAAGAAAAGAAUAAAAGCAGGGCUUUGUUACCACCUGCUAGUGGAUAUUUCACAGGCAAAUCCUGAGAGAUCUCACACACACACACACACACACACACACACACACACACACACACACACACACACACACACACACACACACACACACA